ACUUUCAGCAGGAGGCGGAAGCGGAAGUCCCAGUGAGGCCAUAGAGAUCUCUAGUUCCGGUCUCGCGGUCGCAUUUCGGGCUAGAGCGCCUCGCCUCGCCUCGGCCAGCCUUCUCCAAGCCCCGUGAUCUAUUUCCGGUUGCGGCUUCUGUCAUAAAGCGGAGACCUGCCUUCAAACGCUGGGUCGCGGGUCUCUGGCGCUUCGCAGGAGUCAGCGCGCUAGGACGGGAGCAGGCGGGGGGGGGACUGCACUGCUCACAACUGAGCCUGACCGAGCGGACCCUCAGAGCCGCCUGGCUUUUGGAGCCUUUAAGAUUGAAGUCUAUGAUUGACAGCUUCCAGGACUGCGGCUCGAGAGUUCAGCGCUCCUUCGCCCGUACCUGUCCCCCUCUGUCACACGCUCUACCCUGUGAGGUGCAGCAUUAAUCACGUCACCCCCUCCCACUCGCCACUGCCACCCGCGUCUGCGUCAACUUGGUUCUUAACCUCCUUCACCCAAGAACCCCUCCCCUCUGCCUCCGGAAAAGGUCUUUUUUUGCCUAGUUCCUGUAAAAUUAAGGGGGUAUCCUGCAGAAAGUUAUCUUCAAAACUGAGCACCAUCUGAUACUCCCCAAAAGUUCAUGCUUGCUAGGGAGUUUGUGUGCAAAGUAAAACCCAGUGCACACAGGAAACUAUGGCUGAACAUGGGGCUCACAUCACAACUGCUUCUGUAGUGGAUGACCAGCCAUCCAUCUUUGAAGUGGUAGCGCAGGAAAGUUUAAUGACAGCAGUGAGACCUGCUCUUCAGCAUGUGGUCAAGGUUCUUGCAGAAUCAAAUCCUGCCCACUAUGGCUUCUUUUGGAGAUGGUUUGAUGAAAUUUUUACCGUGCUGGAUCUUUUGCUCCAGCAGCAUUAUCUGUCUAAAACCAGUGCCUCGUUUUCUGAAAACUUUUAUGGCUUAAAGAGGAUUGUAAUGGGAGACACACAGAAGCUUCAGAGACUGGCCAGUGCUGGUCUCCCAAAGAGGCAGCUCUGGAAGUCAAUUAUGUUCCUGGUUCUUCUUCCCUAUCUGAAAGUGAAGCUGGAGAAGCUAGUUUCCAGCCUGAGAGAAGAGGAUGAAUAUUCCAUCCAUCCCCCUUCUUCCCGCUGGAAGCAAUUUUACAGAGCCUUCCUGGCAGCCUACCCAUUUGUUAACAUGGCCUGGGAAGGCUGGUUUCUAGUACAACAGCUUCAGUACAUCCUAGGAAAGGCUCAGCAUCACUCACCACUGCUGAGUCUGGCUGGAGUUCGCCUUGGGAGGCUUACAGUUCAUGAUAUACAAGCUCUGGAGCACAAACCAGCUGAAGCCAGCAUGAUGCAGCAACCAGCUGGGAGCAUUGGUGAGAAGAUAAAGUCUGCUCUGAAGAAAGCUGUGGGAGGUGUUGCCUUGUCCCUCUCUACUGGCCUUUCUGUGGGUGUGUUCUUCCUGCAGUUCCUUGAGUGGUGGUAUUCAUCUGAAAAUCAAGAAACCAUCAAGUCAUUGACUGCCCUGCCUACACCACCACCACCUGUACACCUAGACUACAAUUCUGAUUCUCCCCUGUUACCCAAAAUGAAGACUGUGUGCCCACUAUGUCGUAAAAACCGGGUGAACGACACUGUUCUCGCCACCUCUGGUUAUGUGUUUUGUUAUCGCUGUGUGUUUAAUUACGUGAGGAGUCACCAGGCUUGUCCCAUCACAGGUUAUCCAACAGAAGUCCAACAUCUAAUUAAACUGUACUCCCCUGAGAACUGAAAGGGGUUAGCACCUUAUCUCACAACAAAAUGAUUGUGCUGUUAAGGCCACAGGGCUGGUCUUCCACGUGGUAAAUAGUAUUGUUUGAUACUUCUCAUUCUCAGUAAUUCUAUGAACUUUAAGUAAUGACAUGGAUUUCUUUAAAAGGAUAUGCUCGAUCUUAAUCUUUUAGCUUGCUCUCAAGACAUCCCUAGAGUUGACCGAGCUGGCUGGAGUGAGAGAAACAAGAUUGGCAGGGGAUGUGAGGGUCAGCAUGGAGGAAGUAAAUAAAAGGAUACUUGGCACAGAAGCUUUGCCUGUCCCCUUCCUUAAAGAACAAGGGGUACAGAAGCUCCCAGGAAAACCUCCCCCAAAAAAGUGGGUGGUGAAGGGGAAGCAGGCCUUUUUAGAAAAGAAAGCAUUUAUCUGCACAUGAGGAAUAGGUUUUUAUCAGUUUACAAACAGUGUGAAUGCUGGACCUGCUCUUUACAGAAAUACUUAGAAACAAUACUUGGAAUGUUUAGAAAAACAGCUCCUUCCAUAUGCUGUGACCCAUUUCUUAAAUAACAUUUCCUAUAGUUGAUCAACUUUUAAAGAUCCCUUUGUGAACCUUACAUAUCUUUCUUGGGAAAAUGGUUAAAGGAAAAUAGGGCUUGAAUUUAUACAGAGAAUACUCUGAAGAUUUCAAUGUGAAAGCAAAGCUAUUAAUGAGGAGAUGAAGUAAAAUACUGAUAACUAUGUGCGAAGAAAGGAUCUUUUAAUAAGCUCUUUAUGCUUGCUGUUAAGUGUUUGUUAGGACUUCCUGUUGUGGCUCAGUGGUAAUGAAUCCGACCAGGAUAUGGGUUUGAUCCCUGGCCUCACUCAGUG